AUGACUUUAUCGCCUGUGCACCGAUUGAAGCGUACAUGGGAACAAGUGCCAGCCAAGACGAUGACCACGUUCAUGGAGUUGCAGCAGCUGAUGAGCGUUAACAAGAACUGGGUCGAUUACCGCGAGGAACUUCAUUCGGCCAACCCACCCUGUGUGCCCUUUGUCGGCAUGUAUCUGACAGAUCUUGUGAUGAUUUACGACGGCAACAAGGAUGCGAUGAAGCAGUCGAACCACCUCAUCAACUUUAACAAGCGCAUCAAGACGGCCGAGGUUAUUCGCGAGAUCCAGCAGUACCAAUCUGUUCCUUACUGUUUGACGACUGUUCCUGAGAUCCAGCAGUACAUACGUCGUGGUCUGGAUGGUGCUAAGCAUGUCCAGGACCUCCACGAGAUGAGUCUUGCUCUCGAGCCUCGGUAA